AUGCCUGGAUUUUCCUUUCAUAACGUGCAGCGAAACUUGAACCUGCAGCAGCAGGGUCUGCAUCCUCCCAAAACACUCAAAACAGGAACUACAAUUGUGGGGGUUCUGUACAAGGAUGGUGUAGUACUGGGUGCAGAUACCCGUGCUACCGAAGGUAGUAUUGUGGCCGAUAAGCGGUGCAAGAAGAUUCAUUAUAUGGCACCCAACAUUAUGUGCUGUGGUGCAGGAACUGCGGCGGAUACAGAAGCUGUGACAAAUAUGGUGUCUGCCAAUUUGGCACUUCAUCGUCUGGAUACAGGGAAACAAUCCCGAGUGCACGAAGCACUCACCCUGCUAAAGCGUCACUUGUACAGAUACCAAGGCUAUGUAAGCGCCGCGUUGGUUCUUGGUGGUGUGGAUGUGGAGGGACCUUUCCUGGCGACGGUUGCGCCACAUGGUAGCACCGAUCGCCUUCCUUUUGUGUCCAUGGGAAGUGGUAGCAUUGCCGCUAUGGCUACACUGGAGUCUGAAUACAAGGAUAAUAUGACAGUUGAAGAAGCGAAGGAAUUGGUGGCUUCCGCCAUCCGGAAUGGAAUCUUCAAUGACCCAUACAGCGGCACACAGGUGGAUCUGUGCGUUAUUACGAAGGCGAAGACAGAGAUGCUUAUCGGGUACGAUAAACCAAAUGAGCGCAGGUACCCGAAGCAGGAUAUUCGUUUCCCUCCCGGCACUACACCGGUUUUGCGGGAGGAGAUCCGGAAGUUGGUGACUAUCACGGACGUCGAGUGA